CUCACAUGCUACAACUUUCUUCCAAACGUUUUUGCAGUUAUGUUAUGUGAAUAGAUAAAUUGCCAGGGAACAAAAUGGUUCCUCAUUCCAAUUUAUUUUUUAAUUUACUAAUUUGGUAAAUUAAUUAAUUAAUUUUAAUUAAUUUCAAUAACUCCAUAAAAGCCCCCAUCUAAUGAAAUGAAAAGAAGUGGUUUGAAUUAUACUUUUCAAUUAUUACUAUACUAUUCAUCAUAUAUAGACGUUAUACAAUUUUUCAAUAAUAACAUUAGGUAACUAUAACUGUAACUGUACUAUUUCCUCCAUAUAAUAAUAUCUAUGCAUACCUCAUCACCACCAUCAUUAUAUAUUCAAAUACUAAUAUGACCUUUGAUAACGUCAAACAAUUUCGAAAAAGGUUUAGAUCAGUGACAAGUUCAUUGACUCCAUCUAGGGAAUUAUCAUUUAAUGUUAAUAAUUAUGAAGAUAAAUUAUUACCAUUGGUAUUCCAUAGUAGUAAGAAUAAAAUCUUAAGAAGAGAUAUGGAAGUUGUAGUUAAAAAUACUUUAGAUAUACCGAUAUCAACAGUUACAUCUAUGAGAGUUAGACCAGGUGAAGCUCAUUUUGUAUUUUGGUUUUUCAUAUCUUCUUAUUUCCCACUUAUAUCAGCUUGUCUUGGACCCCUUGCUAAUAUGAUUUCCAUAAUAGGAUUAAUUCAACAUUGGAGAAUAGAUAAUGAUACAGGACUUGAAAUUGCUGAUGGAACUGCUAUGACUACUUUAAAUUCUUUAUCUUUAGUCUUUGGACUUAUAGGUAAUAUAUCAUUAUUAAUGAAUUUUUCUGGUACAAUUAAAUAUUUGGUAAGUCAAUGUGUUUCAAUAUUUUGUUUUAUCAUUGCAUGUGUUUUUCUUCUAAUUGAUGUAAUAGUUACAAAUAAAUCUUGUGUUGGUGAAGAUCCACAAUAUGCAAGAUCAGAAGGGUUUUGGUUUGGAGUUUUCACUUGUGCUUAUUACUUUGCUUGUUCAUUGACUUUACUGAUCAAUUUUAUAGGUUAUAAAUUAGGAAAAUAUCCGGCAGCAUUUAAUUUAGAUACUAAGCAAAGGACUUUAAUGAUUUAUACAAUUUGUUUUGUUAUUUGGUGUGUUAUUGGAUCCUGUAUUAUGGCAAAUAUGAUAGCCGAUUUAACAUAUGGUUCUGCACUUUACUAUUGUAUAGUUUCAUUCCUUACUAUUGGUUUAGGAGAUAUUACUCCUAAAACUUCGGGAGCAAAAGUAAUGGCAUUGGUUUUAUCAAUGGGUGGUGUUUUAAUUAUGGGGUUAUUGGUAGCAAUGAUUCGUCAAGUUGUUUUAACUUCAGGUGGCCCUACUAUAUUUUGGCAUAGAAUAGAAACAAAAAGAAUGAGAGAACUUGCCAAGGUUGAAGAUUCUCAAGAAGAUAUGACACCUGAUGAAUCAUUCCAUAGAAUGAGAGUUAUUAGGAGACAAGCUAAAACAGAACAAUUAAAUGCUUCACUAAUUGCCACAAUAUUUAUCUUUAUGGUAUUUUGGUUUAUCGGGGCAUUGGUUUUCAAAUUUACUGAAGGAUGGUCUUACUUUAAUGGUAUGUAUUUUUGUUUUCUUUGUUUAAUUACAAUUGGAUAUGGAGAUUAUGCUCCCAGAUCACAUUUAGGUCGAGUAUUUUUUGUAUCUUGGUCAGUUGCAGCAGUACCAUUAAUGACUAUUUUAAUUUCCAAUGUUGGUGAUAAAUUAUUCGAUAUGGCUAAUACUUUAAGUUUCUAUUUAUCUAAAUUUAUAUUUAGAGAUGAUCUUGAAGAUGAACAUCAAACAAAGAAAGAAUUACUGAAAGAGUUACAGAAUGAUCUUGAAGAUUAUUUGAGCAGUAAUGAAGAUAAAGAAGUAAGUGAAUUAAGUUCUGAUAUUCCUGGUAAAAUGGAAUUUAUGGAGGAUUUUUCACAGAUGCUACAGGCGAGACAGGAAGAGCAGCAUCAUGACUGGCAAGGGGUUAGGGAGAAAAUCACUCAUAAAAUGGUUCAUCAAAAAGAAACGUAUGAAAAUAUUUUGAGUAUUCUUAAUCGUUUAAAGCCGUUAAUUACUGACUCUAUUGAAAAUCCUCAGAAAAGAUAUACACAUCAAGAAUGGUCACUGAUAUUAUCAAUUCUUGAGAAGAAAACUUUAGAAGUAGAUGAAUUAACUAGACGACAUCUGAAUGUAUUUUCAAAUAGUGAUAGAGAUAUUUUUUGGCUUUCUGAGAAAUCACCAUUGAGAUUACCAUUAAAGGAACCCAAUUAUUUAAUUAUGAGAGUAUUUUUUAAAAUUGAAAGAGACUUAACCGAUUUAAUAGAAACAGAAGUUGAAGAUUUGAAUGAAUUAAAACGGAUAGUAUCAGCAUCUUCUAAUCCUGAACAGAUUAAUAUUGAUGAUGAAAUUGAGAAUAGAACAGAGUUAACUCGGGAAGAGUAUACAAAUCUUUAUCCUGAUCGACAUAUUCAAUUCCAUUCACCCUUUGACAAUCGUAAGUAAAUAGAUUCAUAAACUAUUUUGAUUGAUUUAUAAAUACAAUAUCGUUAGGUAUUGUCGUAACAUCACUUCAAAUCAAUAUGCAUUAUUAUCUUUUUCUUUAAUGUAAAAGUUAAAAUUAGACGUUACUCUUGAGAGAGUUGCAAAAUUGCAAAACUACAAAAAUGUCGUUUACAUUCGCUAUAUAUGUAGUUCUCUAUACAUGAGAUAUAACACUUUUACUAUAGAACCAUUACGUACUCUACCAGUAAAUAUCCUUUAACAUGUAAUAUUGAUAUUUUUCUUAACUACUGAAAUGAAUAUCUGCACUACCAUUGGAUACGCACCAAUAUCGUUCUUAUAUACUCCGACAAUUACAAUACCCAUGGUAGUCACAAACUCAUUGUAGUCAUAUCACGCGUCAAUAAAAUUUUGACAAACAUGAAAUAUGCACACUUUGUUUGUC